CAGCUGUGCGCGCGGUAGGCGGACCCACAGCAACGUCCACAUGCCACUUCGGAGGAGAUUACUAGGAUAAUUUACCGGGGAAACACAUGAUAGUGAAGCUGUGGGGAGGAAAGGCGCUCGGACGUGUCGCUGGACAGAAAAGGCGAGACAAGAAGGUCGAGACAGAGCCGGGCUGCGAGGGGAGGCGAGAAGCUUUGUGGAGAUAUUCGGAGUUGGAGUAGAGCUGCUACUUCCCCGAUCCAAGGAGGAACACCAAAACAUCCCUUUCAAAGGCCUUACCACAAUCAAGCACAUUUAAAAGGACACAUUAUUAUUAACCUGAGGAGACAUGAGUGAGGAUAAACCAACUGAGACUGUGGAAAUAUCCCCAGCAGACGUAAAUGCUAUUCCUAAUGGGAAGGGCCAUGAACCUGGAGAGGACACCAUGCCAUCUGCAAAAACACCUCCUGCAGAAGACUGUGAAAAUCCUCACAGAACUGAAAACACAGAAGCCAACCUCCCAGAGAGCCAGGAGUUCUUAUCAGGCGCUGACGACAAGAAAACCCCACGCUUCACAGAUUUUGAAGGGAAAACCUCCUUCGGCAUGUCCGUCUUCAACCUGGGCAAUGCAAUCAUGGGAAGUGGAAUAUUGGGACUUGCAUACGCCAUGGCAAACACAGGGGUUGUCCUGUUUCUGUUGCUCCUCACAGUGGUUGCUGUUCUUUCUUCAUAUUCCAUCCAUUUAUUGCUAAAGUCAUCUGGUAUUGUAGGUAUUCGUGCAUAUGAGCAGCUUGGCUACAGGGCUUUUGGGACCCCAGGAAAGAUGGCUGCAGGUAUUGCCAUAACGCUCCAGAACAUUGGAGCAAUGUCCAGUUAUCUUUACAUAGUCAAGUAUGAGUUCCCAUUGGUCAUCCAAGCCUUUCUGAUGGUAGACAAACCUGCAGGCGAAUGGUACCUGGAUGGAAACUAUCUGGUCAUUAUCGUCUCUGUGGCAGUGAUAUUACCGCUGGCUCUGAUGAAACAGCUCGGAUAUCUGGGAUACACCAGUGGGUUCUCAUUGAGCUGCAUGGUUUUCUUCCUCAUUUCUGUCAUCUACAAGAAGUUCAACCUCCCAUGUCCAUUUGUGGACUUUGCUUUUAAUAGCACUGGCAGUGUGUUAAAUGUCACUUCAAAACAAUACGGUGGGGAAGACAAUCCGGCCUGCAUUCCCAAGAUGGCCAACCUCAACACACAAACUGCCUACACCAUCCCAAUCCUGGCGUUCGCCUUUGUGUGCCACCCUGAGGUCCUCCCCAUCUACACAGAGCUGCGCAAUCCUACCAAGAAAAAGAUGCAGCAUGUGUCCAAUAUCUCCAUUGCAGUCAUGUAUGUCAUGUACUUCCUGGCUGCUCUGUUUGGAUACCUUACUUUCUAUGAUGAAGUGGAGGCAGAGCUGCUUCACACCUACAGUCGCAUUGACCCUUAUGACACGCUAAUCCUGUGUGUGCGUGUGGCUGUACUCACGGCUGUCACCCUGACAGUACCGAUCGUGCUCUUUCCUGUAAGGAGAGCAAUCCAACAGAUGAUGUUCCCAAAUAAAACCUUCUACUGGCCUCGCCACAUUGCCAUUGCCAUAACAUUGCUGACCUUCAUCAACCUGCUGGUCAUCUUUGCCCCAAACAUCCUUGGCAUCUUUGGGGUUAUUGGUGCCACGUCAGCCCCCUGUCUCAUCUUCAUUUUCCCCGCUGUCUUCUAUAUCCGCAUUGUACCCAAAGAAGAAGAGCCUCUUCGCUCAUUUCCAAAAAUCCUGGCCGCCUGUUUCGCUGGGAUCGGUUUCCUUUUUAUGAUAAUGAGUCUCAGCUUUAUCAUCAUUGACUGGACAUCAGGCAGCAGUAAAGCCAGCAGUGGUCAUUAGGAAACCUACUGUAUGUCUUUUAUUUUACUUUUGUAUUGUUGAUUUUGAUCUGUAUUGUAAUGUUUCUAUAUUGACGUCCAACCACCGAUGUCGCCCUUCCCUUUUAAAAGACUAUCAGCCACAGAAAAGACAGUUUGGGCGGAAAUUGUACUGUACAUCUUCCAAACUGUAGGAUGGGAUCCAGGCUGGUAAAAAUGCUUUGAAAGCUAACAGUUAAAUUUUUGAAGUGACAGAUAUGUUGGGAUUGAACGUGACACUUGGAGGAUGAGUUUUGCAAGAAGAAAGUAGAACAGCAAAGAUAAAGUAAGCUCCUGUCGUUUUAGGAUCUUGAAUAUAAAAACAACCAAUAUAUUGCUAGUUUGAUCGUCUCCUGUUUUCCAGCAAAAUCAAAAUGAUUUACAAGUCAUUUGAGAAUUUCUGUCCUAUUAAUAAUUAUGCAAUUAUAUCCUUUUUCACAGCAGUUGCACUUUAAAAGAGCAAAAGACAAAUAUUGUCACAUUUUGGCCACUAUUUGUGAGAGAAAUAUAAGCACACUCAAUCUAGUAGAAAUGCAUUAUGUUCAGUUCAGCUGACAAACCUUUCUUUAAGGUGUGCUGCCUUAUUAUAAUACGUUCCCAACUCCUGCUGCUGCUCUUUAUUUUUUUAUAUAUUGAGGUUUUUAGCAUUCUCUCAACUCUUCCUGUUGACCAGGGUGUUAAUAUAAAAAUGUAAAGCACAGAUACAUUAGAGCUAUAAGAUAUAACCUGAAAAUGUGUAUUUUUUUAAUUUCAUUUACUAGAUAAAAAAGCUAAGACUGAUUAGCUGGUUCUGAAUAUCCUGAAAGACAUUUUUUUAACUCUCUUCACAAAGCACAAUACAGGCAAGAAUGCUUACAUUGUGCAGGUGUUCCUUAUUAUCAGUAUUACGUUAUAAAAGUACUUGUAGAAAUGGUACUUUGGACCUCGCCUGUUGGGCUGUUAGACAAAACUGCAAUGCAGCGAUUGCAGACUCUUGAUGAUCAGGGUGUUUAUUAGCAAGGCCAGGGGAUGUGCUCUUGGAAGAUUUCAUUUAAGGUUUUAAGUCAUGUGAUUGUUGUAAUAAGAUAUUACCAAAUUUGUACAGUGCUUUGCAAUGUUAGUCAUGCCCCUUGAGCUUUUACACAUUUCUUCAUGCUUCAAUCUUAAAAGUGGGGGUGUUCUGUCAAUAUUUAACAUGAUGGACAAACACACAUAGUACUUACUUAUUAAUAUAAAACAUUAUAUUAAUUUUGCAUUUAUUUGUAUUUAGGCAUCUGGAUACUGGCAUAUUUGGAUAUUUUUUGGUCUUCUUAAGGAGAGUAAUUAUGAGCAGAAUUUUUUUAUCUAUUGCCACAAAUUCUCAUUUAUGUUUAGCCCCGUGUUUUCUAUGUUUUAAACCUUUCAGUUGCAGCUGUGGCUGUAUAUGUCAAUCUGGAAAAUAAGAAUUGGCAUCAAGGAUUUAAAAGAAAAUCUGUGUUUAGGUUGACAUCUAUGUAUUGUUAGGGAAAUAGUUAACCAUAGUCUUUCCAUUUCUCUACACCAUGUAUUUAACAGAGUUCUGUGAGAUUUGUAUCAUUUGCAAUAUUGUUUAAUAACCCAUCUCUACACGUCUCCACAACUUUAUUCCCCUUGGAUUCCUCUGUCUUUUUCAUGCUUUUUUUCCUCACUAGUUUUCUCUGACAAACCUCUGAGGCCUUCACAGCACAUGUAGAGUUGUAGUGAGAUUAAAUACCACUUGGAUGAACAUUGUUUGCUGAGUAGUUUACUUCUAAAGGUAACUGGUUGCAUAUGAUUUAAUUUUAGGGUAUUGGUGUAAUGGGGGCUAAAUACAGAAGGAACGUCUCAUUUGGGAAUUUAAUUUGUUGAAUCAAUGUUUUGUUUUCCUAAUCUACAUCUUUUUAUUCAGUAUUUUGUCUGUUAUAUAGAACUGAAAUCGUUGAAGUUUUUUUGUUUGCUUAAAAAAGUUUUAAAAAAUUCAAGGGGUAUUCAUGUUUUUGCAAAGUACUGCACAAAAGAAACCCAACCAACAACAGGGUCGAUAACCAGUGAGGUUAUUAUUAAUGACUGAAAAUAUUAAUAUUAGUACAUAUAAUAUUGAAAAUACAAGCGCAAGCUUAAUUCCUAACAUUAGCGGCAGACAUGUCUGUCUUAGCCACAGGAUGUCUGGUAUUUAGGAGGCGGUUAGCCAUAGCACUUUUAUUUAAAAAAGCACAACAUUGUAAAUCAGUUCAGAUGAAAUGCUAACAAAUAUAUCUGAUUAAGGAAUUUAAUGGUAAGCUCAUUUUAUUUGACUCAAUCUUUGAUUGUUGUGGAUCAGUAAUGUAUUAAUAGCUGUCAAAUAUCACCUCCAAUAACUAUCAAAGUUAGCAUUCCUUAGAGAAUAUCAUAAAUAUAGUCCUGUCAUGUACUCCCGAAUAUGAAAAAUCAUUUACUUGAUGUACUGUUGGAGGUUUUCAAGUGUCUUUUGUGUUUGAUAAGAGAAAAUAUGACUCCAAUGUAAGAGAAUAAUACUACCUUCCUGCAUUUGUGUCGUUUUAAACUCCCCUACAGAUACUCUGAUUAAAACUAUGUACGGUAAUAACUCUAGUGUUUGUCGUCUAAUUUAAAUAGGUGCGCUGUUGUUUUAAACUUCACGUUGGAUGUUUUAUCAGAAUAUUUCGGGUGAAUCCGAGUCAGUAAUGAAAUGCAAGAUGAUUGUUUUUCUCAAAUUAAAUUUUUUUAUAUAUCUAGUGAGUGUUUUAUCAUAAUCGAUGGUCAUGUCUGUCUUCCUCUCUGCUCCUUGACAGAAACCAACCUACUGACUUGGAGUUGUUUGUAUUUUUGCUCUAAAUUUCUUCUUUUUUUUCUAAGAAAAAAAUAUCUUACACCAGACUACUAAAAGUGCUGUAUGAAUAUAUUAAUAUUGUCCUGUUUGUCUUUUGUUACACAACAAACCCAUUUUAAUGGCCCUUUAUUUUAUCAUCUUAAAUAUGUAUGUUACGUUUUUGUGUUUGUUUGCAGAUUAGUCAUCUGAAUCAGCCGUGUAGCAAAGUGUUUGAUUUUUAUCUAAUUUAUGCUUUUAUUUAUCCAAUUACUUGUUUGAACCUAAUGUUUGUUUAUUUGAUUUAAUAACAGUUACAUUGCACAAAGAUAUGUCUUCGAAACAUUCAAAAAGCAGAAGAGUAAAAAUGAAUAAAGCAACAAUAUAUGAGAGUAUAAAAUGAUCUCCAAGGAGACCUCAAUGUUUCUUGGCCUCCCAGAUUGUGUGAUUUCCUAAUAUGUAUUUAAUUGAACAACAUAACAUAUUAAAUAAAUAAUGAUUCAGCCAGCAUUUAUAAAUAAUGUACAUAAAUGUAUACCCUUUAUAUUCUAUAUUGGUAUCUAGUUUGUAUAAUGUAAAUAGAUAUUAAAGAUUUAGUCGGAUUAAAAAAGUAAAUGUAAUCAUUUUCAAAGUGCUUUUAAACCUCGUCCUUCGAUUGAUGUCUAUUUUCAUGUAUCGCUCUAUAUUUUAAUAUGUUGCUGGCAGUUAUUGU